AUGUCUCGAUUUAUUCUAUUUAAAUUAAUCAUAUAUUUAAUUUUGAAAAUUAAUACAGUUGAAACAGCUUUUAAUGCAACUGCAUAUGCACUUCAACAUCGAUGUGCAUGGUCAGUAUGUAAUGCAAUUGGAUAUCCAACAUAUUAUCUUAAUUAUACAGUUGAUUGUUGUACAUUACAAUUGCCAUUAAAUUAUGCGCAACCUGACAAUCGUACAAUUAAUAUUUCAAUGACACGACUACGUUCAAAUCAAACAGCAUCAACAAAUAAUACAAUAUUCGCGUUAACGGGUGGACCCGGUUUCUCAGGUUGGAAUUUAUUUUAUCUUAUACCGCAAUUUUUUUCUGCAAGUUUCGGUGUAACUAUUAUAUUACCUGAUCAUCGUGGUACUGGAUUAUCAACAUUAUUAAGUUGUGAUGAUAAAGGAUCACAGGAUGUGUCUAUAAAUUGUAUUAAUUAUUUAAUAUCAAAAUUUGGUGUUGAUGGAUUAAAUCAAUUUUCUGUUACAUCAGCAGCUCAUGAUUUAUCUGUACAAAUUCAAAGUUAUCAAGCAGAUUAUCCUGGACGUUUUGUUGCUUUCGGUAUAUCAUAUGGAACAUUUUGGUUAAAUCGUUUUCUAACAAUUUAUCCAAAUGUAGUUCAAACAGCUAUUAUGGAUGGAAUUGUGAAUCCAAUAUCAAGUUCAGAUAGUCGAGAUGAUGCAUUAGGAUCAUCAGUAGCUGAACAAUUUUUAAGUUUUUGUCAAUUACAAACAGCAUGUAUUCAAAAUUUUCCUCCUGGUCAAUCACCUAAUGUUAUGCUUCGAAAUAUUUUAACAAGUAUUGAUUCAAAUACACAACAAUGUAUUAAGAAGUAUUUAAGUCGAUUUAAUAUAACUUCGGAAAAAUUACGUGAUAUAUUUUUUACACAAUUAGCAUCUACAGACGCUUAUUUAGAUCGUACUAUUAUACCAGCUGUUAUCUAUCGUUUAUAUCGUUGUAAUUCAGAUGAUAGACAAGCUUUAAAUUUAUAUUUUCGUACAGUUACAACGGCAGCUCAAACUGCAGAUGACCCAAAUGGUCCAGGAUUUUUAUUAUCAAAAGCUUUAAAUUUUAAUGUAAUUCAAUCGGAAACUUAUUUAGCAAAAGGUGAAACAGAAAUUGAUAAUACAACAAUACUUAAUUUGUAUCAUUCAACAAUAAUGGCAUCAGCAACACCUCUUCGAUAUUAUAAUUUACGUUCACAAUGGCCAAAAUAUCCAAUAGAUCAAUAUCGUUAUCAAAUUGCAAAUUAUACACCAAUAUGUAUGCUUUCAGGUCAAUUAGAUCCAUCAACUAUUUUUGAUCAAGCAUCUCAAGUAGCAGCAUUUACAACAAAUACAAGAAAAUUUUAUGCAAUUCCACUUGCUAGUCAUGUUACAGUCAGUAUGGCUUCACUUGGAUAUAUGUGUUCAUUACAAUUAAUUUCAGCUUGGGCAUUUCCAAAAUUAUUUCCAUCGGAAUGGGCUACUGCUGAUUGUAUUGAAUCUUAUCCAACAACUUUUGAUUUUGCUGCUGAAACUAAUGCUGUAAAACAAAUUUCAAUGAAAUUUUUUAAUACAACUGUAAUUUUUGGUCUUAAUAUUUCUAAUGAUGAUAAUAGUAUUUCGGAUGCUUAUCAUGUUAAUAUUUAUUAUUCUAAUCUUAUUUUAUGUUCUAUAUUUACCUUAUUCUAUUCAUCUAUUUCGAAAUAA